UAAUUUGUGACGACCAGCGAUAUCGCUAAAAAAUGGUCAAAAUAAUCCGUGCAUACGUCAUGUACGUGUGUACCGUGCAAACAUGGACGAAAUGGCCGACGGGGUGAAAACUUUGAAUCUUCAGCGGGCUCUUUCUGGGGGAUUCGGUUUCUCCCUGAUGGGAGGAAAGGGAACUAGUUUUCCUCCAGUCAUAUGCGACGUUCUGAGCAAUUCGCCGGCCUCGAGGUGUGAACAGAUGCAAGUCGGGGACAUCAUUCUGGAAAUAAAUGGCGAACUCGUCGAGGGCAAAACUACAAAAGAAGUUGUCACCAGUUUGAUGCGUUCACCGGACGACCUCAUCCUGAAAGUCAAAGAAGAUACGGAUACAAAAGCAAGAGUGCUCAAGUUUCUGGAGCCCCUAGAAAAUCCUCCCGGGUCCAACCCCAAGAUCAAAGUGAAGUCCAUCGGUCGCGCCAGCCCCAAAGUGAAGCGACAGAAGAGCAAGGAAUCCUCUCCGUCCAGAACUGGUCCAAGCCCUACGUCGACCCCCAAUGAGAGGAACAACGAUAGGCCCGAGAAUGGACGGACUAGUGCGGGUUCGGAUUCCCCAUCGCAAAAAUCGGAUGCCAGUUCGGGGAGAGUUGAUGGCCAUAUAGGGCAGAAUGCGUCCACAGCUGACACGAGUGUAGAUUUAGAAGUCAAACAAUGCAAGAGCGGGGGUGUGAUUAUCGUAGAGAGCCCUAAAAAAUCCCAGCAGUCUCCUGUGAAAGCCAACAACGUCCAUUCUCCGGAUCACAGGAUAGCUGGCGGUGGCCCCGUUAACGGGAUUGCGAGGGAUCGAUUACGGGAACGGGAUGUGCCAAGCGCCAGGCAGGUGUACGCAGCCAAUGCGUACUCGUUUAGCUCCGAUUCCAGUAUUUCCGACAUUCCAUCCGUGCAGGUUAUGACCACGGUGGCGCAGAUACACCGAGAAGACUCGUCGCUUGUCGCACGGACGUCAAUCGAACAGGGGAAAUCUGAUGCGGCAGACGGUCAGCUUCUCAGCAGUCCAAGUCACAAUCACAAGUACCCCAGCCAAGAAUCUGAUUUCAAGCACAACGAUAUCAACAGGAACAUUAGCAAAAUGCCAGUUGUUACGUUAGCCGAGAGCGAAUCGUCCCAGAGUGAGCUAUCCUCCCAAGCAAGCUCUUGUCCGGAGGAACCACUUACAGACUCGCCUCUCAGAACUCAAAAACUCGCAGCGACCUCGAAGCAUCCCGCUGGUAGGGAUGCCACCGAGUGCGAACGCGCCACGCAGGUUGACGUCUCGGUGGGAGGAGACAAGGAAACGGAUAGCGUGACUUACGACUCUGGAUACGCAAGCACGUCAUCUGUCGCCAAACAGUGCACAAACCUCUCCCAGUCCCAAUCAACUCAGACAAACUUGGACCCCGACACCAACAGGUUGGUGGAAAACUCCGUGGAUGAGCAGCCCACGGAUGAGUCCCCAAAGGCGGCUGCCCUGGUGCGUCAUGGGAGCGAUGCCACGGAGACAUGGAACGGGGGAAUGGGUUCCAGGACGUCCAGCGACCACAGCGUGAAUUCCGAGGAAUCCGAGUGUCUGGACAUGGACAGUUUAGGUAACGCUCUACAGGCCGGCAGCAAGAAUCUAGACGUGCCGUCAGCCCAGCGGCUUGCCAAACGGUUGUUCCUGUUGGAUGGAUUCAAGCGGUCGGAUGUCUCAAAGCAUUUAAGUAAAAGGAAUGACUUCAGCAAACUGGUUGCCGAGGAAUACGUCACCUACUUCGAUUUCAGCAACCUACCCCUGGACAUCGCGCUACGCAAAUUCCUGGCCAAGAUCGCGGUGUCGGGCGAGACCCAGGAGAGGGAGCGCGUACUGCUUCACUUCUCCACGCGGUACCAGCGAUGCAACGAGAUCGAGUACCGGUCAGCCGAUGCCGUACACACCCUGACGUGUGCGCUGAUGCUGCUGAACACCGACCUCCAUGGACAGAACAUCGGCAAGAAGAUGUCGCUGAGCUCCUUCAUAUCCAACCUGGAGGGUCUGAACGAGGGUGAGGACUUCUCCAAGGAAUCUCUCAAGAUGUUCUACCAGUCCAUCAAGUCCAAGCCGCUGGAGUGGGCGUGCGACGAGGAUGAGAAACUCCUCAAGCGAGGGAGCAGGACAGGCAACGGGACCAUGACUAUCAGCGGCAAUCCGUUCCUUGAGGUCCAGAAUGACCCUAAUGCUCCAGUUUACAUCAAAGGUUACAUUAUGAGAAAAGUAACCAGGGACGCUGAAGGAAAGAAAAAUCCUAAAGGGAAAAGAGCGUGGAAAAUGUUCUAUGCAACAGUGAAAGGACUAAUUCUUUAUUUACACAAGUCUGAGAUGCACCAUCAGAUGCACUUCAACAGCCCCAAGGAAGCGGUCAGCAUCCACCACUGUCUUGCCAGCAAGGUGCCCAACUACAACAAGAGACCCAACGUCUUCAACCUGCGUCUUGCCAACUGGAAGGAGUUCCUCAUGCAGUGUCUACCAUGCGAUGACAAGCAGAAUCAGGAAGCAGGCGCCACUACUGAUUCUAACACACCCCAAGGUUCCAGUGACACACAAGAUUUGCAGAACUGGAUGCAAGCGUUGAACCUAGCCUCAGCGGUUCACUCCGCUCCGCCGUUGCCGGCCGCCGUCGGUCUGCAGAAGACGUUCAGACGACCGCUGCUACCAUCAUCACUAACCAAGCUGAACAUGCAAGAGCAACUUGCCAACCACGAGAGGAAAGUAGAAUCCAUAGAGCAGGAGCUGGAGGACCAUCGGACCUACCCUCCCGAUCAGGGGCAGAGGACGUCCGUGAUGAAGGACUACCAGAUCAAGCAAGAGUAUCUGGAAUUUGAGUUGUCUCGCUUCAAGACCUACAUCUACCUACUCCGCUCCCAGCCCACCUUCCCCAUCGGCAAGUACCCGCUGGAGGAGGUCAUGCCCCAACCCAAGCAGUCAGUGGACAGCAUGUCGUCCUCCACGUCAAGCAUCUCGUCGUCGGAGGGGAGUCAGGGUGCCAGUCCACAGCAGCAACAGAACCAGAUGUACAUGUAUGAAGAUGGUGAAGUAGUCAACCGUUACUACGACGACACGGAUGACACUGAUGAGGAGAGUGACUCGGACACAGGUUAUCAAGAGGACUAUUCCGUGAUGGCAGUAGCACCUUUCCCUAUCAAUCAAUUUGACGAGAUGACAAAGUUGUAAAAAAUGAAUAUUCAUAAAAUGGACUCGAUCUACCUGUCAGUCGUACAGUGCAUGUUGACCAAUUAGAUCGCGACUUUUUGGUAAGGUGACCACUGAAGCUCGGUCAAAGAAAAUAUUAAAUUUAUCGAUUUUUUUUUAUGCCAGUUACAGAAUAUUCUGAACUUAACAUCAAGAAUUAGUGUAUCAUAAUUGACCGAUCAGUUACUUAUUUUAUAUGUAUAGUCAUAAAAGUAUAUUCAAAGUGUAUUCAAUUAUUGUAAAGUGUGAAUAAGGCAUUAUAAGCAUCAAAUGUAUGUAAAAAAAAAAUUUGUCAUUAUAGCUUUGUUAAAACUAUAUUUGUUAAUACUAUCCUCAUUACCCUAUUUAUGACAUACAAAUGACAAAAUGGCCAUUCUAAGACUCGAAAAAAAAGUGAAACACACAGACAACUGGACUAAACUUACUAGAGAAAGUUUCAUGACCUAUCCAGGUCACUUCCUCAGCACAACAGACUUUGAAGUUUAUUGGUAUAGGCAAUCAAGUUUUAUCACAGUAUUUUCUUUUUAAGUUUUGGAUUUUUUUGUUUUUAAUACUGAAUAACUCAGUCUCGGAGAGCCAGUUUUCACGUCAGCAAAACAAUUUUGUUUUAAACAAUGAGGUAAAACAAACAUGUAAAUUGAACCAAAUUUAAUGAAAACUUGAGCCGAAGAAAAAGUGAGAUUUUU